AUGAGCUACAAUAAUAUAAGUAACAUUAUAUCAGCAAGGCAGUAGGUAGAGGCUUUGGUGAAAAAGAAUACUGAUAUGAAUGAUAAAAAUUACGAAAAUAGUUAAAAAAUUAGGAAUUAAAAUACACCAAAUGUGCGCAAUCUAAGAAAUUAAAUGGCAAACAUAAUUAUCGAUCCAUCCAAUAAUCAUUCACCUAUAAAAACAAAUAACUCAUACAACAACUAAAACCCAGCUUUAGUUUGCAGAAUCAGCACUCCUUCUCCGAUUAAAUUUGUUUAGGAAGAUUAUUAAGAAAAUGAGGAUAAAAGUGGUUAGAGUAAAUCUUAGAUAUUUUACUAAGAUUAUUUCAACAAUAAUAUUAACUAAAUCAAGCAUCAAUCAAAAGGAAGCAAUUUUUAAUAAACAAAUAAUUAAGUGUAAAAAAGUUAAAUUUAUAAAAAUUAAGAGGAGUAAAAUACUACUCAGUAACCUACACCCAUUUAUUAGUAAAGAAUGAGUGUUUAGAAUGGAAUUUAUUAAAUUUCUUAAUAACCUCAAGUACCUAGUAUUAUAAACUAUUAAUAAACUACGGAAAACAUAAAUGAAAGAAGGUAGUAAUAAGGCAAUAAUUAUAACAACAGUAUUUCCCCUAAAUUUGCCAAUAUUUCUAUAUAACCAGCUUUAUAAAAUCAGUAAAAUAAUUAAAGACUAGCAACAAUGUCUGGCUAAUAACAUUAAGUCAAAUAAUACUAUUAAUAAUAACAGCAGCUUACUCCUUAAAAGAGUCUAAAUUAAUUGAAUACAUCAUAAAUGCAACCUAAUUAAACAGCUCCCCCUAAAUUUGCUCAAUUCUCACCUAUAUUCUCAUAAAAAUAAAUUGUGAACUAUCACCCCAUAAAUAUGCAACCUAUUUUUGCUUAAAAAAAUAACACGUUAUUAUAGUAAAAUAAUUAAAUAUAAGUACCUCCUCCUUUAAAUAUCUCAGACUAAUUGAAAGAUCAAAUGAUUUACCCUAACUUAGCAAAUUAAACUCCUCAGGCAUAAGUUUUUUAGGGAUAGAUUAUUCCUCAAUAAUUACCUUUAGAGUCCGUGAGAAAAAGUUUAAGAUCUAUUUCAGUUAAUUAAGAUGCUUUUCAAAAUUAAAUUAUUCAAAUAAAUCAAAAUCCAGCAUAUCAAAAAGUGUCAUAAAUUUAGAAUUUUUAAUAAAAUUAUUAAAAACCAGUCAUUUUGGUUUCUUAACCAUAAUAACAAUUCAAUAAUUAGAUACUUUAAUAACCCCUUCAAAGAGAGUAGUUAAUCUAAAUAGACCAACCACGUUUUUAGCAAAUGAACACAGUUUAUCAAGAUCAAUUAAACAGAGCUUAAAUUUCAAAUAGAAGUAUAUCAAUAGAUCAUAAUAUAACCUAAAAUAACCAAUAAUUUUAAGCUACUCCAAAUAUUAACUAAAAAUCUGCUCUAUUAAUAUAAUCCAAUAAUUAAUUGCAAUAGCAAUAAUAAUAAUAACAACAAUAAUAAAAUAUUGUUUAAGAAACAAUUCCCAGAAUAUAAUUAAAUAACAUUAAUAAUUCAAUGAAUAAAAAUGGAAGAUCUGAAAUUAAAAUUCAAAUAAAUGGAAAAACCGAGACUUUGUUAAAUAUUUAAAAUGAAUAGAAGAUAAAUUCAUAGAAGAAGUAGCCCUUAUAAAAUAGCAAUAUACAGCAAGGAAACAUAAUCCCUAAUAAUUUUAGGGUACAAACAGAAGUGACACCUGAAAAAAAGAAAAACGAUUCUCAAUAUUUUAGAGCAAGUUUAAAUAAAUUUAAUUUAUAAAAUUCAAUGCAAAAAUAAUAAAUAGAUGAAAAUGAAAUCUAAAACAUCAGUGAAAAAAAAUUAGCUUAAAUCAAAGAUUUCUCAAAAAGUCCUUCUCGCUUCUUUGCUCAUGUUAAAGAACAACUAAAUAAAGUAAAAAAAUAAUCUAAAUAUAUUUAGAACCCACUUGCUUCUUUCAAUGAUCAAUCAUUAAGGAAAAUAGAAAUGCAAAGCUCUUCAAUAAAUAAGACAGCUCUCCAAUAAUCAAAGUAGCAACAUGAAAUAAAUAAUUCAUUGUCAGAAGAUUCUAAAUAAAUAAGUUAAUCUGAAAUAAUGAAAGAUAAUUCAUACAGUAAGAAUUUCAUAGAAAUAUAAGGAUUAUAAAAUAAAUAAAAGAGUUAAAUUUCAUCUCUCUCCCAACUUGAAAGGUCUAAAUAGUAAAUACAAAUAAUCAAAGAGAGAAUAGCAGCAAUAUCAAAAAACUCCACUGAUGAAUCUCCUUUUCAGCAAAUAAGUAACGAAGAGCAGCAAGAAAUCAUUCAGAAUGAGAACAAAGAUUAAUCUGAAUAGAAAAAAGAAUCUUAUAAUUAAAAAAUAUAAAAAAAUUAAUUCCAGUUGUUAAUAAAUGCAGCAGAAUAUUCUUUAGAACUUGAUACAGAUUAUUCGCCUAUAGUUGAUGGAAAAAAAGUGCAUCUAAACAUAUUUAAGAACAACAGUAAAAUCUAAGAUUCAACUGAAUCUCUUUAAGCUUAGUUAAAAUGA